GAAUUUUGUGUAAAUACCUCCAUUCUAUGAUAGGAACAAGAAAGAGAGGAAAUUCCCCCUUGAAGUUUGUCACCUAUUGAGUGGGACCCGAUCCGGGAGUUGUGUAGACUUAACGGCCAUAGUCGCCAUUUCACAGCCUCCAAAACUGCGCCCAUUUUCUUUAAUAAAGAGCUUUAUCACUGCCUAAAAAGAAACUGAAACUAAUUCAUACUAUCAACAAUGGCGUCUUCAGCUGUAGCUUCAAGCUCCACAUUUCAUGUCAUCAACAAGAGAGAUGUGGGUCUAUCAGCUUUCUCAUCACAACCUUCAUUUUGCAUUCAAACUACCAAGAAGAAGGUGGUUUCCAAGAAAAUAUUUUCUGUAAUGUCACCACAACAGACUGAACGCAAACCAGCUACCACUGGCUCAGUUAAGACUGGGAUGACUAUGACUGAGAAGAUAUUAGCUAGGGCUUCUGACAAGCCUGAAGUUACUCCUGGUGAUAAUGUGUGGGUCAAUGUUGAUGUUCUGAUGACACAUGAUAUUGGUGGCCCGGCCUCUUUUGGAGUUUUCAAAGAACAAUUUGGACAGAAAGCUAAGGUCUGGAAUCCUGAGAAGAUUGUCAUCAUACCUGAUCACUACAUAUUCACGGCUGACGAGCGAGCAAACCGUAAUGUGGAUGUGUUGAGGGACUACUGCAGUGAGCAAAAUAUUAAGUACUUCUAUGACAUUAAAGAUCGCGGGAACUUCCGGGCUAAUCCAGAUUACAAAGGCGUCUGCCAUGUUGCUCUUGCCCAAGAAGGUCACUGCAGACCUGGAGAGGUUUUGUUGGGAACAGACUCUCAUACAUGUACUGCCGGAGCGUUUGGGCAAUUUGCUACCGGAAUUGGCACUACAGAUGCAGGUUUUGUGUUGGGUACUGGAAAGCUUUUGCUCAAGGUGCCUCCAACUUUGAGAUUUGUCAUGGAUGGCGAAAUGCCAAGUUACUUGCUAGCUAAGGAUUUGAUUUUGCAAAUUAUUGGUGAAAUUUCUGUGUCUGGUGCUACAUACAAAACAAUGGAGUUCGUUGGCACCACAGUUGAAAGUUUGAGUAUGGAAGAAAGAAUGACAUUAUGCAACAUGGUUGUUGAAGCUGGUGGAAAGAAUGGUGUCAUCCCAACCGAUAAAACAACUUAUGACUAUCUCAAGGACAAGACUUCUGUGCCCUAUGAACCUGUUUAUAGCGAUGAAGGAGCCAGAUUUCUUAAGGAGUACAGAAUUGAUAUUUCCAAGUUGGAACCUUUAGUGGCUAAGCCUCAUUCACCUGAUAAUCGUGCUUUGGCAAGAGAAUGCAAAGAUGUGAAAAUCGACAGAGUAUAUAUUGGAUCUUGUACUGGUGGGAAAACAGAGGACUUCAUGGCCGCAGCAAAAGUUUUUCUAGCUUCAGGAAAGAAAAUAAAAGUUCCGACAUUCUUGGUUCCUGCUACUCAAAAGGUGUGGAUGGACAUAUAUACUCUCCCGGUUCCAGGAUCUGGUGGUAAAACAUGUUCCCAGAUUUUUCAGGAAGCAGGUUGUGAAACACCUGCUAGUCCUAGU